AUGGAGGCUUUGGUGCACGCUAGCGACUGCUGCACCAGCCACGACGCUGUAGUCGAGGCGGUUGGCACAGCGGUGCCCCCAGCGCUAAGUCGAGCGUCCUCCUUCCCCAUUCUCGGUAGCUCCCCAGGCCACCCUUCCUUCUGGAACCCGUGGCCUGCACCUGGUACUCUUCACAAGGAUAAACCUUUGCCGAUGCCACCCACGCUCAGAGAUCUCCCGCCACCACCGCGUCCGGACAGGCCACAUUCCAUCGGGACUGAAGGUCGACCUCAGAGACGUCCCCUGCCCUGCACGCCAGGAGACCGUCCUUCGAGAGACAACCCCCCGGUGCCCUCCAGCCGUCAGGCGGAUCUGUGGCGCUCCAGGCCCAUGCCAAAAGCCCUGUCCGUAGCUCUCAGCCCUGGUGACCCUUGGGCUGGGAGAGAACUGUCCAACAGACGCUCGCUUCCCUUUUCCUUGCCCUCGCAGAUGGAGCCCGGGGCUGACAGCCAUCGGCUUGGGAGCACGCUCAGCCUGGACAACCCAGCGAGCUUGAACAGCGGUCCGUCCACAACCCCAGAGCGUGAACACCCCAAAAUGAAACCCUCCUCGUCUGCCAAUGCGAUCUACUCCUUAGCUGCCAGACUGCUGCCUGGACCAAAGCUGCCUCCUGGGGAACAGUCUGAAAGCGACGAUGACACCGAAUGCAUGUCACCGUCCCCUCUGAGGCCUGUGGUGCCUCCAGGUCCCGCUCUACAAAAACCGGCGAUCAAAACGCCUUUGGAAGCGACUCGGAGCUUACGUGUUUCGGACUGCAGCUGGCAGACGGACGGCUGUACGUACGGAGCAACGUGCAACGGCCCCUCCCCAGCAGCGCCCUCAGCUUUCCAGACUGUCAUCGCUUCUGAUGAAGGGGAUCUGGCAGCAGCCACCGCCAGCAACGGGGCCGAAGAGUCAGAAAAUGAAGAUGAUGGUUAUGAUAUCCCUAAUCCACCACUGCCGGUUGCUGUCGCUCGCCGCACACUGUCUGAUGCCUCCGAUGCCGCACCUGCCUUCAGCCGAACGUCUUUGGAAAAUGACCCUGUAAGAGGUUUUUCAGAUGGCUCUCAAGUUCCAGAAGGGCCGCCAAAGCCGCUACCACGGAGAAUAACUUCUGAGCGGAAAGCAGGGAGCUGCCAAACAGGCGGAGCCAGCAGUGGGACCAGUGCGUCGCUGCAACUCUCCAGCGAGAUCGAGAAUCUAAUGAGCCAAGGCUACUCAUAUCAGGACAUUCAGAAAGCACUGGUCAUUGCACAUAACAAUAUUGAAAUGGCCAAGAAUAUUCUCCGGGAGUUUGUUUCCAUUUCCUCCCCUGCGCACGUGGCCACAUAG